AUGUCAUCUGACAACUCCUGCUCCUUCAGUCGCCUCAACUACAUCACAGGCUGCCUCACCAACCACAGCAACAACCACCACAAUUUCAAACCAAUACCUGAUGUCUGUGUGAUUAAUGGAACAUUGUACACGGUUGGAAAGUCAGUAGUAAUCGAUUCAUGUAAGAAGUGUACCUGCAGUUCUGAGAAGGAUCCAGAGACUAAUGCAAACAUUAUGCAUUGUGAAACCGUUCAGUGUGAGACAUCUUGCCCACUGGGUUACCAAUACAUGGUUGAGGAAGGAGAGUGCUGUGGGAAGUGUAUUGAAGUAGCUUGCAAAGUCAAACUCAGUAACAACACUGUUCAUGUCCUCAAUGUUAAUGAGAUCCUGCCACUCGAUCAGUGCAGCAACUACAAGUGUGAAAAAAUUGAAGAUCAGUUUGUUGCAGUCCAAACGAAAAGAGUAUGCCCUGAGUACGACCCCGAAGAGUGUGAUCCUGACGAAACAGAGAUUACAUCUGAUGGCUGCUGCAAAAUAUGUAAACCUAAAACCUGCAAGCCUCACACCAAGGAAACUGUGAUCCGCCAUGCUGACUGUGAGUCUUCUGGACCUGUUCAGGUCUCAUAUUGUGAAGGAACUUGUCCUAGCUCCUCAAUGUACUCUCUUGAAGCAAACCAGAUGGAACACGAGUGUGGUUGCUGCCAGGAACUCAGCACCCAAACAAGAGAUGUGACCCUGACUUGCCAAAAUGGAACCAGCAUAAAUUAUACCUAUCUCUACGUGGAAAACUGCCAGUGUCAUAUUCACACAUCACGAAGCAGUGUGGAGGAUCUUGCUACCAUUCCAUCGGUCUAA